AUGAUUUUACGGCUGGGCAGAUGUGUCUGGCAAACACAGCUAAGGGAUACCUCAAUACAAUUCGGCCGGGAUACAAGCCAACGUUUGUUAUUGCAUCAUGUUGGUCAUUCAACAGAGGCACGGACAACACCUGUAUUUCGUCAAAUACGCACAUCGGCGCCAUCGAAAAAACCAUCUGGACCUGUCAUACAACCAUUGGGUGAGGUUGGUGGCGGAAAUGUACCAUCAGAAAAUGUAUUCAAGGCGUUGAUUUUUACUGGAGCGUUUAGUAUUGGAGCUUUUGCCGGGGCAACGGUAAUGGAAUAUGAGAACACCCGUAACAUGAUGUUGGAAAAGGCUAGACAGGCAAAAUUGGGUUGGAUACGAAGAAAGCCCAGCGAUGAAGAUCCAUGGGAGAGUAUUAAACGUGAUGUGAAACGAUUGUGGGAACGUUUGUCACCUGGCGAAAAAGUGUUUGUGCCCAUUUGUGCUGCAAAUGUUUUAGUCUUUGGUCUGUGGCGUGUACCCGCAUUGAGAGCAACAAUGAUGAAAUAUUUCUGUUCCAAUCCAGCAGCAAAAGCGGUUUGUUGGCCCAUGUUCCUGUCAACAUUUAGCCAUUAUUCGGCCUUUCACUUAUUCGCCAAUAUGUAUGUGCUGCAUAGUUUUUCAAAUUUGGCUGUUUUGUCACUGGGCAAGGAACAAUUUUUGGCUGUGUAUUUGAGUGCUGGUGUUAUUGCAAGUUUAGCCAGUGUUCUUUAUAAAGCUUUGACAGUACAAGCUGGUCUCUCUAUAGGAGCUUCCGGUGCCAUAAUGGCUGUAUUGGCAUAUGUCUGCGCCCAAUAUCCCGACACACAACUGAGUAUAUUAUUUUUACCAAUGUUAACAUUUUCUGCCGGAACAGCAAUUAAAGUAAUUAUGGGUAUCGAUUUGGCUGGUUGCAUAAUGGGUUGGAAAUUUUUCGAUCAUGCCGCACAUUUAGGUGGAGCUAUAUUUGGACUAUUUUGGACUUUCUAUGGGCCAGAACUUUGGCAAAAGCGCGUUCCUCUGUUGACAAUGUAUCACGAUUGGCGAAAAACGAAAUAG